AUGGAUAAAUACAGUGAAGUGCAAGCAGCAGUGAAGGAUUUGGAGGACAUGAUAAACGUGCCGCUGGAAACCAUAAAAAACUACGACAGCGGGUACACCAUGGACGCGAUUGUGUAUAAAAAGGAGUCGCUUCCCAUGCAGAAGGAAAUCGUGGAGAUUGUGCACGACCAAGGAAGCAUAGGGGUCAUUGAGGGUGUUUCGUCUGUGUGGGCCUCUGCUCGCGGAAAGGUGGUCAUAUGGAACUACAAGACGCAGAUGGUCAGCGAAAUGGAGAUAAAGUCGCAGGAGGUGCAAGCCAUAUUCGCAGUGAAGUCCAACAAGUACGUCUUUACGUCGAACGUGCAGAACUGCAUUCUGGUGUUCACGGAGAACAGCAUAGACAUGCUGUGCCUGUGCAAAAACCCUGCGUCGUACAUCAGCAUGGACGUAAGCGUGAGCCUGCCUGUGAAAAUGACGUGCGUCUGCGAGACCUCUGAGGGCCGGGUUUUCAUGGGGGGAGCCGACGGGAACAUAUACGAGUAUGUGUACAGGGAGAGGACGUGGCUAAAGGGGUGCACGGCAAAGCUAGUCUCCCGCACGCACGGCGCAAUGACGCACUUGCUUCCCUUCCUCUAUGCAAUGGGCAGCAGGCCUGCAAUUCUGCAGAUGGUUGCGACGCGCAAAGGGCUUUUGGUGCUCUUUAAGGACAACACGCUGGAGGCGUACGAGCUGGGCGCGCAUUUGAGAAAGAUCAGAAACGCAGACCUCCCGGAGCUGAACACCAAGGAGAAGAUCCAGCUGGUCAAGGGCGACGACGGGGCCUGCCAGGCCUACCUGGUCCUUCCGGACGCAACGCGGGUGUUUAUCGACGAGAACGGGUACAUGCUGGGAAAGAGAAAAAUGACGCCAACCCGAAUACGGUCUCGGCUUGUUGCGCCUAGCUCGAUCAAGAACGAGGUGUUCCAUCGCAUUGGAAGAACCCUGGUGAGCAUUGGGCAAAAGGAAAGCGAGAUGUUCAUCACGGUGAUCACAGCAAACAAGGCCGACCCGAUUGCGUCCGAGAAUUGCUGCAGCGUGGUGGCCGGGGCCGAGUACAUGUGCGCAGCCGCAACAGGAGGAAAGCCUUGGAAAAACCUUGCAGAGGAAAUGUUCACCGGAGAAGAGGUGGUGUUCUUGGCGCCUAACAGGCUGGACAUAUACCACAUCAUGAACGGGGUUGAGCUCAUGGAGCGGGCCAGCACAAACCCGGAGGGCAUGUUUGCGUUUAUGCAGAGAAACGGCCCGGAGCAGGCGCUGGUGUCGGCGCUGUAUGCAGUGGCCGGCGGCGCGUCGUCGCCUGCAAUUGACAGCUUCUUCAAGAAGUCGGAGGGCCUCCAAAAGAGCGCGGCCAUUAUGUGCGCAAGCAUGAUCGUGUUCAAGGUGUGGCAGAUCGACAUAUACGCGCUCCUAAAGGACGAGUCGGACAUCGACAUAGGCGACUAUGUGGACGAGCUGGAGCAGGCCGCGAAAAAGGCAAAGAGGCUGAAGAACUUUGUUGUGCGGGAGUGCACAAACAUCAACAACAUUCGAAUCUCGGAGGACACCGUGAUCGACCUGCUGGAAAACGCGGCAGAAACCCUGAACUACAUAAUCAUCCUUCUGGAAUCAGACGCCUUGUACAUAUUCGACGAGGCCCAGAAGAACAGCGACGCCGAGCUGAAGUUUACGUUCUGCGAGUUUCUCAAGCCGGUCACGCACCUGAGAAGGCUGACCCUCAACGCGCUGGUUGACCUCAACCUGCGGCAGAAGGCGUCCAUAGACAGCGUGACAACCGACCUGAACGAAAAGUGCUCAACGCUCUUUGCUCUUGCAGACACGCUUCUGCUGAAGGGGAAGGAGGCCAUUGAAAAGGCGUCCCGGGCGUCGACCGAGGAGGACCGGAAGUGGCACCUUAUAAAGAGCAUGGAGUUUUUCACCAAGGCAGCGGCCAAGCAGUACCUUCCAGAAAUCGUGCAGAUGUACUCGAAGGUGAACUUCUCAAAGGGAAUUCUGUACGCGAUCCGCUCCGGGUUCAACUCUAUUUCGGAGAAGGAGGCCACAGAGUACUUCAAGCAGAUAGAGUGCACGGAGGAGAUCCUGCAGGAGGGGCUGAAGGACGAAAGGCCCGCGCUGUGCAACGCGCUUUUGAACGCAGCAAUUGCAAAAAUAGAGGAGGGCCGCCUUUCCAUCGACGUGCUUUUGAAGAUCAAGUCGCCGUAUCUGGAGGACUAUUUGGACAGGCUGGACAGAAUGUCGGAGACCAUGAGCAUGUGCGACCUCACCUGGAAGUACCAUUUGAAAAACGAAAACUACUCGGCCGCGGCACUCUACCUGAUGAGGUCGGCCGAGCGGGCGAAGCCGGUGAUAAACCUGCAAAAGAGAAUCGAGUAUCUUUCCAUAGCAAAGACCAUGCAGGCGGCUGUGCGCUGCGGAGAGGAGCCUCUUCUGACAGGGCAAAUCCGAAACUACAGCCCCAGGCUGGGAAAAAAUGCAAAGGACCGGCUUGCAAUGGCGCAGAUGCAGGCAGACGUGAUGGGGUGUCUGGUGUCCAUGUACACCUCGGAGGGCGGAGAGUUUGUGCAGAACUCGACUGUGGAGGAAACGUUUGUGAAGCUGGACACGACCUUGCUCGGCUUUGAGGAGCUGUUUGAGAUCUGCGUGAUGUUUGGGUUCUCUGUGCUGGCGCUGAAAAUAGCUGCGCGGGGAGAGAUCGAGGACGCGCGCCUGAUGAAGGCGCUGUGGGAGGACGCGCUGUCUGGCCCGUAUGAGAAAAGCGUGCAGAUGAUCAAAAGCAACCCAGACAUCAUCAAGGGCGCGCCUAUCGAUAUGCUGUUUGACAUGCUGAUUAAAAAGAAGGCAGACGCGCCGCAAAAGGGCGAAAACAUUGGGUCUGCGCUGGUUUCCUUUGGAAACUCGGUCAUGAAGGUGGCAAGCCUGCUGGAGAAAAAGGCCGCAAGCCCUGAGCACUCUGCGCCAAGCAGCAAGAGGAUUAUUUUUGAGGAGGCGGUGGUGUUCUGCGAGAUGCACAAUCUGACAGACAUUGCGCACAGAAUGAACUCUUUCAGAAUGUCAUUGGGGCUCUAG